AUGGGAAUAUUCAGUAGGAGAUCGCGACAAAACACUUCAUCAUCAAUAAUCCUUCCUCAUGCUCAAUCAUCUUUAGGGUUGGAUAGCAGUUCGAUCGCAUGUUCGUCAACACCUAGUAGUCCGUAUACUACCAGCGUAUCAUCUACUUUCCAUGGAUAUCAUAGUCACCAUGGACAUGGACACCAUGGGAAAUCAGGUAGAAGUACACCAUCAUCACUUUCACCUAAUCUAAACGGUCAUGGUUCACCCAAUAUCGGCCUGAAUCCAAAUCCACCAAUCAGACUUAGAGUUGCAAUUGAUCCUAUCCCCUUUCAUUCGCAUAACGAACAUGCCAAAAACCUUUUUUACGUCCAGGUGUGUCCCGAGGAAGGUAUAGCGGCUUUGAGGAGGGAGAUCGCUAGGACUGUAGGACAUGGAUCAAUGAGUUUGUUCAAGGUGUCCAUCCCUCAACAAGCAUUCCUUCAAUCUAAAUCAUACACCGAACGAUACGGUAAACCCGUACAUCUCUUUUCGCAAUUCCCAGCGUUCAACCUGGACGAUUCGAAUCAACUUGAAUUGAGUUUAGGUCCCAAUCAUAUACAUUCGACCUCAGACAACGCGGGUGGUAUCGUGGGGGAAUUGAAGUUUAAACAUUGGUUUCCCGAUUUCGUAAAUGGAUAUAAUCCUUCGGAUAUCAUUUCCAUUGUUGCCAGACCUUUGUUAGGUCUUCCAAUUAAUCAUGUUCCCUUAAGUCUCCGAGCAUAUUUCGCUCAACCUCCCACCAACUCAACAUCAUCCACCAGCGGUUCAUCCUCAUGUCUUCGUUCCCUCCCACCACCCAUCGUAGUGGAUGUCGAUCCGCAUACCACAGUCGACGAACUGAAAUCCGAGUUACUCCGAGUAGCAGGUAAAGACGAUACGCUGUACAAACAGGUUACACUGUGGCAGAUAGAAAUGACGGAAAGUGAGAUGAACGUAAUUGAUGAAUUGGGUAGAUUGAAAAAUGGUAAAAUGCCUUGGCCAUACCCUCCCGGAGCUAUGGAACCUAUCCCAAUGACAGAUGGGAAUCUACCCGUCUCGUUAUUCUUCCCUAAAUCAGCACCUAAUGGAGAUAUGUUAAAUCUAUCCAUAUGGUUAAACUCGACUUCGACCUCGUCAAGCGACAGUAACAUACCACAUUUUAGAUAUCCUAUGACCAACCUUACUCGACCUGCUAGUACACAUUGUGCUUCCCCUACCAUCAGUACCCGAUCAAUUCCUUCUACAGCCGUUUCAACUCCAGUCACGGAAUUGCCACCAUCCGUCCAGUCUGCUUUAUCAUCCGCUACCCUCAAAGUCAAGAAAAGUAGAGUACGACCCAGUACUGCACCUGCCGCUACAGCUGCAACUUCGACUCAGUCGUUUGGAUCAAGUUCUACCAAACCUCCCCCACCUGGAUCGAUCCGUUCGAUUUCAAAGUCCACUGAAAAGCCCAAAGGAUUGGGUAUAGUCACCCCAACUCCUGCCUCGAAUACGCCAAUGUUGGAUCGAACAAGUUUCUCAAGUACACUUUCGACCGAAUCGGAUAUAUCCGUACCAUCUUUAAUCAAUCAUUCUCAACUUUCUUUGGAUACUCUCACUAUAACCAAUGUCAAAACACCACUAGAUGAUAAUAGAUCGGAUUGGUUAUCCCCUCCCCCCUCCCACGGACAAGGUCUAGGACCAGCGCAGGCGCAGGCUCAGCAGAAUGAUAUACUGUUGAAAAAGAGUUCGUCCGUGAAUAAAGGUAGUCUAAGAGAUAGGUUGAGGAAGGUCUUGUAA